AUGGUUAAGCUCGCUGAGUACUCCCGAACUGCAACGUUCGCCUGGUCUCAGGAUAAGAUCCCAUACAUCGUCACCGGUACCGCAUCUGGAACAAUCGCUGCUGAUUUCUCGAACGACUCCACUCUAGAAUUAUGGUCCCUACUAUCUGACCCUAAGAAGGACCCAACUCCAGUGGCUUCCAUUACCACAGACGCCAGAUUUAAAGAUCUCGAUUGGUCCUUCGACAAUAAAUUCAUCGCUGGUGCCCUAGAUGACAAUGGGAAGAUCGAAUUGUUCUCCAAGGAGGAGAAUGACACCAAGAUCUCUUUGAAAUCACUAGGAAAAUUUAAAAAACAUACCACCGCAGUCAACACAUUGAGAUUUAACCCAAAGCAACAAAACGUUCUAGCAUCUGCUGGUAAUAAUGGUGAAAUUCUUAUUUGGGAUAUAAAUAAGACUCUAUCUUCCACAGAUUAUUCUCCAAGUGCUCCCGGUAUUGCCAUGUCUACACAGGAUGAAAUAAAAUCCGUAUCUUGGAAUAAAUCCUUAGCUCAUGUCUUUGCCUCCGCUGGUGACACUACCACCUAUGCCUCCAUCUGGGAUUUGAAAGCCAAGAAGGAAGUCAUCCAUUUAAAUUAUACCUCGCCAAAGACUGGAUUGAAGCCAAAUUUGGCUGUGGUAGAAUGGCAUCCAAAGGUAACUACAUACGUAGCUACUGCAUCUGGUUCUGAUUCUGACCCUGUCAUCUUGAUUUGGGAUUUAAGAAAUAGUAACAUGCCAAUGACCACUUUGGAAGGUCCACAUACAAAGGGAAUCAUGUCCUUGGAUUGGUGUACUAAGGAUGAAUCUCUUUUAUUAUCUAGUGGCCGUGAUGGUAUUGUCGCUCUAUGGGAUACCAAGGCCAAUGAAGUCUCCACAACGUACCCAACACGUAGCCAAUGGUGCUUCAAGACCAAAUUUGCUCCUGAAAACCCAGAUAUCUUUGCAUCUGCAGGGUUUGAUGGUCAAAUUAAUGUUAACACUUUACAAGAUUUAACUAAUUCUCAAGAUUCUCAAACACAGGCUGAUACAAAUAAGGAAUCUGAAUCUGAAUUUUGGAAUCAUGUAAGUACUUCCACCCCCUUGGAAAAACCCACUGUGAGUAAGAUUCAUGCUCCUAAUUGGUACGGUAAUAGAUCCCCAGCUGCACAAUGGGCAUUUGGUGGUAAAUUGGUCAAGAUUUCCAAAGAUGGGAAAGGUGUUGAAAUCGUGAAACCAAAAGUACAAGGAAUGGAAUGUAAUUUGAAGUUGAAUGAAGCUCUAUUGACCGAUGAUUAUAGACCUUUAAUUAACCAACGUUUGGUUAAACCCAUUAAUGAUGUUAACGAAGAAGAUUGGUCCUUAUUGGAAAAAUUAUCCAUGGAUGGUAAGACUGAUUUCCUAAAGGAUGCAUUCGCAUUUGAUGAUGAGGGAGAAGAAGUGGAAGAUGAAAAACCUGAAGAAGCUUUAAAAUCAAGUUCCUCUGGUGAAGAAUUUUUCCAAUCAAUUGAAACUAAAUUCCAACCUGAAGGUAAAUACGAAUUGAAAGAUCCAUUGGAACAAAAAAUUGCACAAAAGUUAGUAGUUAAAAAUUUAAAACAAGCUAUAAAGGAUACUUUGGAUAACGAAUUAUUAUUAGAAGCAUUGGUCAUUGCCUUGGAUUCUCAAGACACUUUCGUGAAAGAUCUUGUCAAGAAUGCUUAUUUCACUAAAUACGCUGACAAAUCAUCUCUAGCAAGAGUCUUAUAUUCCGUUUCCAAGAAUGAUAUUGAUGAUAUGAUCCAAAACUUGGAUAUUAAUCAAUGGAAAUAUACAGUCAAGAACAUUUACAAUCUGCUAAAGGAUGAUGAAGCGCAAAGAAAUGAGAAAUUGGUCGCCAUCGGUGAUAGACUAUUAGAACACGGUGAAAGACAAGAUGCCCUAAUUAUUUAUUUGGCUGCCAGUUCCUUGGAUAAAGUCGCUUCAAUUUGGUUGAAGGAGUUCCCUGUAUUAGAAGAAAAAUUGAAACUUACACAUAAAUCACUUUAUGAAGCUCAUCUGGAAUGUAUCACUGAAUUCGUUGAAAGAUUUACUGUUUUCUCCAACUUUGUCGGUGGUAAUGCCAUGAUUAAUAAUGAUGCCUUGAUUGCAAAGUUCUUAGAAUUUGUUUCUUUAACUGCGGCAACUGGUAAUUUCGAAUUGGCUUCAUCUUUCUUGGAUCAUUUACCUGGUGAUAAUGAACAAGUCAAUACAGAAAAGGAACGUGUACUAAUAGCUUCAGGUAAGACAGUCAAGAAGCAAUUACCACAAACUACCAUGAGCACUAAAACUGCUGCGAGAAGGACAUACACCCAACAACCAAUGGGGACAAUUCCACAACAACAACAACAACAGUCUGUGCCAAUGCCAAAUACUCAUUCUGGCAUUUCAGCAUACGCUCCACCUGUUCAAGCUGUGAAUCAAACACCAUACUACGCAAAUGCCAAUCGUACAGCAUCUGUUGUACAUAAAUCUAAUCCAUAUGCUCCAACAGGGGGUGUUCAAACUCCACAUGAAACUUCUUUUGGCCCACCUGUUCCAGGUGCAUCUCCUUUAAACCAAGCAAUCUCAAAUCCACCUAUUCAACAAACAAUACCACCACCUCAAUUACAACCAACAUCUUCUUUUAUUACACCAAAGAAUCCUUAUGCUAUUCCUCAACCAGAACAACCAGAACAAAAUCCAUCACCUGCAUUAAUGACUGCAGCACAUCCACUUUCUGGACAAGCUCCACAUCUAAACAGAAAUGCCAAUGAUGGUUGGAAUGAUCUUUCUUUGCAAAUGGCAGAAAAGGAAACUAAGCCAUCGCGUGCUAAGCCGAUUGCCAUUGGUUCCAUAAAUUCUUCAACCCAAAUUGCUCAACCUCAAAGACCAUCCAUACCAAAUAACCCAAUGACUCCUAUGAGUUCAAAUCCUAACCAACCACCACCACCUCCUUUAUCUAGGGCUUCAUCACAAGUUUAUUCACAAUCCCCAGCUGCGCCAAGGAGAAUUUCAAGAGCUUCUUCUUUAAUUCCAGUGAAUGAACAUGUUCGUAAGCCUUCUGUAAAGACUAAUAAUCCAUAUGCUCCAACGGUUCAACAGGCUCCAAAACCUCAACCAAAUGCAUACACUCCAUCAUCUACAAGCACACCCACUCCAGGUAUGGGACUACAACAAAUUCCACCAAAUAGUCCAUACGUCGGCACUCCACAACAACAACCUGUGAACCCAUACGCACCUCCACCAGCUGCUUCAGUGGCACAGGUUAACAAUCCAUAUGCCCCAUCACAACAGCCAUUGGCACCAGGACAAGCCCCAACAGGUUCCAGCUCUCCACCAAAGCAAGCUCCAAUCCCACCACCACCAACCAAAAUGACAAGAACUAGACCACAACAGGAGGGUCCAGCUGCAGUUGCUUUACCGCCUCCAAAGGCAGUCUCCACUGCUGAUGUGUCACCAUCUCCUUUAUCUACUAGAGAAAGCAGUGUUGAACCUGGUACAGUCAAGGGGCAAAUUCCACCUGAACAGCAGGAAUUGGUCAAUUACUUGAAAGAAGAAUUAGGUCGUGUGACACCAUUAGUGCCAGCUGCCUACAGUAAACAAGUGAAAGACUGUGACAAGAGAUUAAAGAUUCUUUACAAGCAUUUGGAAAACCAAGACCUAUUAACCCAACCAACGAUAGACAAACUGAACCACUUGGUUGCAUUGAUGAAGGAGAAGAAAUACAAGGACGCUAUGAAUAUCGUUACUGAUAUUGCUAUUAAUAAUGCUCAAGAAGUAGGAAAUUGGCUGACGGGUGUCAAGAGACUGAUCAGUCUUGCGGAUGCAGCUUAA